GCUGGAGCCUCCUCUAGAUAUACUGCUGGAUUCACUGAACUGCACAGCUUUCAGCGUACAAUGGAGAAUGCCCAGACAGCAUGCAAGCACCAUCACAGGAUACACUGUGUUUUAUUCAGAAGUUGAGACUGAUAAACCAAUUAAACAGUUUUCACAUGAUGUUCCCCUGAAUCUGGAGAUGCUUAGCAUGGGUCAACUUGAUGGACAAGCGAUUUUUGAAGUUGUUAUUGGUAAUUUAAAGCCAGGAACUCCACAUCGCGUGAGUGUAGGAGCAUAUGGCUGGGCAGGAAAAGGACGACCCAGCAUGCCCAGAAAUAUAACAACUUUAUCCCAAGAUAAAUGCAUGCCCCCAGAACCACCCUGCCAGCCUCAGGUCAUUGUGGUUUCUGAUUCAGAGGUUGCACUCUCAUGGAAGCCUGGAAUCAGUGAAGGAAGUUCUCCAAUCCAGUAUUACACUGUGGAGUUUAUCAGGUCUGACCUUGACAGCAAUUGGACAGUAAUAAAAGAGCAGAUCCAGAUGGAAUCCAUGGUUCUAAAGGGACUUCUUCCAAAUACCAAGUAUCAAUUUGCAGUGAGAGCAGCAAAUUCCUUUGGAUCCAGUUUACCCAGCACUCCAAGCGACAUUAUCAGGACACUCGGUUCAGAGGAGUUGGGAAGUGGCAGCUACGGGCAUCGAUAUAUCACAGAUACUGUAAUCAGUGAUGAUGAUGGAUUUGAAAUUGAUGAUUCAGACUACGACAUUUACAUUGAAGAGCUCAGACCACUUCCUGCUAUCAAAGGAGGUAACAGGAAGUUUUUGGUUGAAACCAAGGUCUCUCCAGGAUCUAAUUCAAGGCUCCUUCCCAGGCUAAUUACAACCACCUCACAUCCUAUUACUUCAGUGGCAACAACUACACGUCCCGUUCCCACAACAACAACUAGCACUACUACCGUAAAGGCAACAAGAAGGACUAGCCCAGCUUCAGCAGUACAGCACUUUGAUCUUUCCUGUGAUGAAACCACCUGCUCUGCUGACAGCUUCUGUGUUGAUGAUUAUGAUCUGGGUGCUACUCGAUGUCAUUGUAACCUAGGAAAAGGAGGAGAGACAUGCACAGAAGAUAUUAUCAUCCAGUAUCCUCAGUUCUCUGGCUAUUCAUACAUCACCUUUGAACCACUGAAAAAUUCAUAUCAGACAUUCCAAAUUACCCUUGAAUUCAGAGCUGAAGCAGAGGACGGUUUGCUGCUGUAUUGUGGAGAGAAUGAACAUGGACAUGGUGAUUUCAUGUCACUGGCAAUAAUCCGGUCCAAUAUUCACUUCAGGUUCAAUUGUGGCACUGGGGUUGCAGUCAUCAUGAGUGAAAACAAAAUCAAAUUGGGCAACUGGCACAGUGUCACUGUGUUCAGAGAUGGACUGAAUGGCUGGCUUAAGCUGGAUGAUGACACUCCAGUCACAGGUAAAUCUCAGGGCCAGUACAGUAAAAUUACAUUCCGGACUCCUUUCUAUCUUGGUGGUGCUCCUAGUGCAUAUUGGUUGGUCAGAGCAGCAGGAACCAAUCGUGGCUUUCAGGGCUGUGUUCAGUCACUCAUUGUCAAUGGGAGGAUAAUUGAUAUGAGACCCUGGCCACUAGGGAAGACUCUAAGUGGUGCUGAUGUAGGUGAAUGCAGCAGUGGAAUUUGCGAUGAAGCUUCCUGUAUCAAUAGUGGCACCUGCACAGCAAGUAAAGCUGAUUCAUACAUGUGCCUUUGCCCACUUGGAUUUAAAGGCCGUCAUUGUGAAGAAGCAUUUGCUUUGGUCAUACCUCAAUUCAACAUGUCUUUGAGGUCAUUUGCUACCACACCCUGGCCAUUGGAACCACAGAACUAUCUUUCCUUCAUGGAGUUUGAGAUGAUGUUUCGCCCUGAUUCGGAGAAUGGUGUCCUUUUGUACAGCUAUGACACUGACAGCAAGGACUUCCUGUCCAUUAACAUGGUGGCUGGCUACGUGGAGUUCAGAUUUGACUGUGGUUCAGGAACAGCUGUUAUCAGGAGUGAAGAAUCUGUCAGUCUGGGCCAAUGGCAUGAACUAAGAGUGUCUCGCACAGCAAAGAAUGGUAUCUUGCAGGUGGAUAAACAAAAACCAGUAGAAGGAAUGGCAGAGGGAGCUUUCACACAGAUUAAGUGCAGCUCUGAUAUAUUUAUUGGUGGAGUCCCUAAUUAUGAUUAUGUGAAGAAGAACUCAGGGGUCCUGCAGGCCUUCAGUGGAAGCGUUCAGAAGAUUAUCUUGAAUGACCGGACAAUUGAUGUGAAGCAAGAUUUCACUUCUGGAGUCAAUGUGGAGAAUGCUAUCCACCCCUGUGUGAAUUACCCCUGUGUUAACGGGGGCGGCUGUGUGCCUAAAAAAGACACUUACGAAUGUGAUUGUCCUUUGGGCUUUGAUGGGCAGCACUGUCAGAAAGAGUGUGGAAAUUACUGCUUAAACACCAUCACAGAAGCCAUUGAAAUUCCACAGUUUAUUGGCCGUAGUUACCUCACAUACGAUAACCCGGAUAUCCUCAAAAGAGUGUCAGGAUCACGAACAAAUGUUUUUAUGAGGUUUAAGACCACAAUGAAGGAGGGUCUUCUGAUGUGGCGGGGAGACAGUCCCAUGCGACCUAACAGUGACUUCAUUUCUCUUGGACUUCAAGAUGGAACUUUAAUAUUCAGCUACAACCUUGGCAGUGGUAUUGCUUCCAUAAUGGUGAAUGGCUCUUUCAAUGAUGGGAGGUGGCACAGGGUAAAGGCAGUUCGGGAUGGACAGUCUGGAAAGGUAACUGUGGAUGAUUAUGGUGCUAGAACUGGUAAAUCACCUGGAAUGAUGAGGCAGUUAAACAUCAACGGAGAUCUGUACGUAGGUGGCAUGAAGGAAAUAGCAUUGCACACAAACAGACAGUACAUGAGAGGUCUGGUGGGAUGUAUCUCACACUUCACACUGUCAACAGAUUACCACAUUUCACUGGUGGAAGAUGCUGCUGAUGGAAAGAAUAUUAACACCUGUGGGGCAAAGUGACGGAGGAAUCCUCACGUGGAAGAACCAUUGUUGUGCGGGUGUUUGAGUCUGGAAUGACUGAUAUGACUCUGAGGCAAAUGCUCUGUGUUCGUCAUGGAAGAACAAACAAAACUGAGAGGAAAUCAUAGACAAGGAGAACAUUUUCCAUUCUCCUUUUCUUUCAAUGCUCUUCUGACUAAACCAAACUGAGUAUUUUGUGUAGGAAAUGUCACAUUAAUCAUUAAAUGUUUAGUGAACACUGAAGAUUGUAUAUCGAAGCAAGCGACAAAGAAAGGGGUAAUGUAAUGAAUAGUUUAAUGACUGUGUUGUGAUCCAUAGAGAUUUUUUUAUAUCCAGCAUAACAGUACUGAAACAUAUGCGUUCUUUCCAGCUUACAAUGGCACAAUGAUUGUAGCAUCAGCAAACAUAUUUUCAAGCACUGUAUCUAUGCAUUCAAAUUCCUAUUCCGGAACAAGCCGUUCUACCCACUGAAAUAUACAAGGUUUGUAUUUCAUCCUAUGUAAAUAACACCAAUAGGCAACAGUUUCAAACCACCUUUGUUUGCUGAGGAAGAAAAUUCUUAAAGUCUACUUUUUUUAUUACAAAAGCAACAAUAUCAGCGAUCCAGUUUUGUAGCAGUAAUUUUGUACUUGUAUAUUUUUUAUAGCUGCAGCGGCAGAACUGAUCACAUAGUAUAACUUUUAAAAUAUAGGUGUACUAUACACUUAGCUCUUUGCACAGUUUCCUAAGGAUAACAACCUUCAAGUUGUUCUCUAAGGAAGUUUGAUGUCUGUAUUAUACCAUUUCUGUGGAGAUAUUUGUCAAGGAUAACCAGUUUUAAAUCUGACAUUUUUUUUGUAAAUUUUGACAGUCUGAAGUUGUACAUUUAUGAAGCUUUCCUGGCAUUGAAGCUUUUCCUGUGAUUAAAAAGGUAUAAAACCUC